GCACUCAGGUGUGAACGAGACAACACUAAUGUGAGAAACAAAAAUGUGCGUUACUUGUUAAUUGUGUUUUCGUGUAUUGAAUAAUUCUUGGUCCAAUUGUGUUUGUAUCAAGAAAACAAAAACAAAAAAUGAAUAUUAAUUCGAGAGAAAUGACUACUGCCGAAUUACAGAACUUGACUUGGGGCAAAAGGCAUCAAGUGCGAUCAAGAUUGUUGGAUGCUCAACUUUGGUCCGAAUUUUUAGCCAUCAAUAAUGAAAUGAUUGUCACAAAAACAGGGAGGAGAAUGUUCCCAGUGAUUAAAACGCAAGUUACCGGGUUGUGUCCGGGAGAUAUGUACACUGUAUUUUUAGAGUUUGUACAAGUGGUUGGACAACGAUGGAAGUACAUAAACAGUGAGUGGUCGCCGACUACCACGUCGGACCCGGCUACAAAGAAUCCGUUUUAUAAACACCCGGAGUCACCAAAUUUUGGCAAACAUUGGAUGGAUCAACCGAUUUCAUUUGCUAAAAUUAAACUUACCAACAGACCGGAUAACCCGGGACAGACUCAUUUAAAUUCAUUACAUCAAUAUGAGACUAAACUUCAUAUAGUCAAAGUUGGAGAUCCGGAUGAUGUACAAAUUUUUGCGAUGCCUCAAACCAGAUUUAUGGCAGUCACAGCAUAUCAAAACGAAGAGGUGACCAAACUUAAAAUCAAAUAUAAUCCAUUUGCGAAGGCGUUUAAAGACACUAAAGUCAAAGCUGAGGAAAAGGAUAGAAGAGAACAUCAAGAUGUUUAUCAGCCAGCACUUGGAUACGAAAGUAGCUUGAAUUUUUCUCACCACGAGAAUUAUAAUACAACAACAUCCGAUGAUUGGUUAUCUCAGUACGGAGGUCAAAGAGAACCAAUCAAUAGAUGUCAAUGUACAGCUUGUUAUUUUGUUAAGCCACAAGUCAAUCAUAAAAAGUGUGUCCCUAUUUAUAGUUCUGGCCAGGACGAUGAACACACUGCAUAUCAGCCAGCAUCUUACAGUUGGACACAAUUAGGAGGAUAACGUACAACAUAUCACAUAUUAUUAAUGUAUUUUCAUAGCCUGAUAUGUUGACUGUUUUAAUUAAUUAUUAUUUGAUUUGGGUUGUAUUUUGUACAAAUUAUAUUAUUAUUCAUUGUUGAAGUUGAUGUAUAUGUAUAAUACAUAAUAUAAGAGUUGAGGUGAAAAAAAUUUCUACUCAUAUGUUUAGCAAUCAUUAAUUUUAAAUUUUAAUCGAUAU